CAAAAAAUUGUUCAGACUUGUUCGAUACAAUAACACACCAUGUCUUACGCCGACGCCGCAGCAAGAGGAGCUAAGCAAUCCCCGGAAGAUGUACGCGCUCCUAGAGUCGAAGCAAUCUAUAGAGACGAAUCGGAGAAUCCCGCAACUUUGGUCGACGUCGAUUCCCCACACGUGUCAUCCGUUGAUCCGGACUUCCUAAAGCAAAACGUCAAAACCAGCACCCAGGCCGAGCGGCUGCAACGCGAGCAGGAGCAGCAGACCAUCGAAGGCCAGAACAAGGCCCGGAAGGCCCGCGCGAAAGCAAAGGCUGAGAAAUCCAGUUUGAGCGCGAACAAGGACAACCCGGUCUUUGUGGGUAAUGCUGUAUUGCUCGGCUUGGCCGGUGCUGGACUGGGGUACGGCGCUUACCAGAAGCAUCUGAGCGGCAAGUUGUCUUGGGAGCUUGUUGGUCUCUGGUCUGGUGCUGUUGGUGCCUUUAGUGUAGCGGACUACUUUGUGAGCAAAUGGCUCAUCCAGAACAAAUACCCCAAGAAAUAAAUGUAGGAUACCAAAAGCAAUUGGGAUUUUGUUCGG